GGGAGAGAGGGCUGUGUUUCAGGUGUCGGAAUGCAUGACAGCCAAGAUAUUGAUUUCAUAAUUUAAACUUUUAUUCGGUUCAGUAUUACCUUCUGAGCUGUUAUGAUUGUAAAGAAAACUUUCCAAAUGAGUCUUAAUAUGACAUGAUGCAUGGCUAGCUUUGAAAGGCCUAAUCUAGGCAGUCAUGCUUGUUUAACUGAAGUCAUGAUGCUAAAUGAAUGCAAUUUUCUAUAUGGACACUUAUCAGAUUAGCUUGCACUUACAAAUUGCAGGUGUAAUUGAUAUGACCUGGUUUAAACUGAUAUAAAUGUGUCUCCAUAAUGUUGUGGUGGUUUAAACUCCUGCCACUUCUGCUUUCAUAUAGCUCUGUAGUCUUUCAACAGGCAGCCCUAUUGACAGUGCUGAGCUGCACAGAACUUUCUUGAGGAGACUCGUCAGGAAAAUUAAACUGGGAAGACUGGUCUGUUAUGUAUCAAAGUAGUGAAAAUGGAAUGAGCUUAAGAAAGCGACAAGGCUGAUCGAAGGUGUGGAAAACUUCUAUGCAAGAAACAACUAAGCAUGCCAGGUCCUUUUAAGCUUGAAAACACGACUGCAAGGGGACCCAGUACAGGUCUAUAUCCUCUGCGUGCUAUUUGUAACUUUAAACAAAGAAUGAACAUUCACUAUCAAUACAAAAUUAGGGCUAUCAAAUGAAAACUAGCAGCCGACAAACUCAGAACAAACAAAAGGGGUUGGUUCUUCCCAUAACUUGUGGCUGUGCUAUGAAAAUCUUUGCCAGAGGAUAUUGUAACCCUUAAGAAUAUACCUGUGGCUCAGACAACAACUGGAAAAAAAAAAAGUCAGGGAAGCAAAAAAGCAGGGCUGUUAAAUGCUGAGAGAACACCCUGUACUCAGGCAGUACCUGAGUUGCAAAAUGUCGAGUGUGUGUUUGGAGAAAGUAUUGUUACAUGUAUUGCUGCUUCUGACAAGGCAGUGGCUGAUCAGUGUCUAUGCAAAAGCAUAGAGACUAGGGAAGAGGCCAACGCAGGCUUUACUCAGCAAAGCUAUUCUUGGAGGAUUUUUCAGAAAGCUGCGGGUGGUGCUGUGCGGUCACGUCCGUGUGCUGUCCUGCAAAGCCACUGGUCUGAGUGAGGCAAGGUGGGCUGACUAACUGGAUAGUGUCUGUAAGGCUGAAGGAGAAGAUACAGGUAGGAUCCAGCCCUUUCUCCUUUACCAACACAGAGGGUUGAUCUGCAGGAUUUAUCUUAGACUUUGCUGGUGGAUCAUCCUCUGUUGUGCAGUAGCUUGCCUGGUAAAUAUUUCCAGGCGCACUGUGGCCACAGCAUCUGCAAAAUGUUUUGCUAGCAUGCAAAAUGAUUCCAAGAGCGUGGCGAAAAUGGAAGUGUGUCCAUGAACUGCAAGUUAGCAUUUGAGUUUAAACAAAACUUGCCUCUGCUGGGCUGAUUUUAAUAAUCCAGCUGAAUUUGUAGAUGCAAGAACCACUAAUUCUUCUGUGAAAAGAACGGCUCAAGUGUGCUGGCAGGUGACAAGGCAUGAGAAGACUGCUUGGGGAAGGUUUUCGGUUUUUUUCCUUGCCCCCACCUCUUCAGUUGGCUUUGAUCUGUUUUAUGAGGGUCAGAAGACGAAAACCUCAUUACCUAACACUGUUGGAUGUCGACAUUGAUGGACUGGAGGAGAAGCUGGCACGUUGCAGACAGAGCAUGGAGGAGGUGGAUCUUAAACUGCGCAGGGAGAAGCUCAGCCCUGAAGGAAGAAAGUCACUGGAGAGAGAGAGAAACUUACUAAUGACCAAAGCUGACAACUAUGAGAAAGAACUGAGUGUGCUUCGUAAGGAAAAUCGCAAGAAUGCUGCCCUGGCUGUGGCCAUGGGGUUGCUGAUUGUCCUUAUUUACGCCUGCUGGACGAUGUGAUUGCACUCAAGAAUUCUCCCUGCUGACCAAAUGACUCUCCUGCAAGGAGCUCUUCCUCCUCUCACCACUGUGCCUCCCCCAAGGCUGAGGAUCAGCAUUUCAAAUUGCUGUUCUUGUUUACGCUCUCCAAGCCUCGUUGUAGGGAAGCUUUUUCUCCGAGAAUCGAGGGGGACAGGAGACAAAGCGGAAAUGACAGCACGCUUGCGGUUGGAAAUUGGGUCAAGCAGAGCUCAAGGUGGUGCUGUCUUACCCAAAAUGCAGUCAAGACCAUGCAGCCUGAUGCAGGAAGGCAGCAAGUUCUCCCUUUUGAAGAGGGCCUCUGUGGUUGCAGACAAGCGCGCUCUGCCCAGCCCAGCCAGGAUACACGCCACCACCUUGGUUCCUGCGACUCAGCCAUAAGCUGAAGGGACACCAAGCGCUUUGAAUCAGAGGGUAACUUGGAUAGUGCGACCUAAAGCCUCUACCUGUUCCCAGAGCUGAGAUAAACAAAGGUGUUUCCUCCUCCACACUGACUUACAGGACCAAAGGAAUCCUACCUCCACAGAAACAGAUGGGAGGUAGGCAUCUGUCUGUCUGCAAGCAGGUAGCAUCCAACUUGAGAUCUGGGUGCUUGGGCUUUGAGAUCUACCUACCUCUCCGGUGCAUCAGAGCUUGGUAGCCAUUUUGUGCCUCUGAGAACCAACACUUGAGAAUUUACUGUCAACUCCCAGGGAUGGAAGUGCCUCUGCAGGGCUUUAAAUAAAAUAAUUUGACCUUGUAACUUCCUGUUUUUCUGGUUUUUCCCUGUUUCGUAACACAUCUCUCAGCCACUGCUUUAUUCUCAUCCUACCAUCUCCCCGCUGGCACACGUUGCACCACAGUAAGCCUAGGCUGGGUUAGGCACUUAACAUCCCUGGUCAGCGAGGUCUGUCGUGGCCUUUAAGAGGGGAUUGCCUUGAAAAUUUAACUGUGCAAGUUAUUUCACUGCUGAAUUUUGUGGGAAGCAAAGUAAACAAGCACUGUUGUGAACUAAAGGGGCUGUAUUGGUAAUAAAGACAAUGAAAGCAGAAAACUCAACACAAAAUGAUACACAGCCUAAUAACAAGACAUUGUGCAAUUAAUGUACAUAAACAUUCCCUUCAGCAAGACCUUCCUCACCCCCUUUCCCAGCAUAAUCCCUCCCUAUUUACCCUGCAGCAGGGAAGCAGAUAGCAUGGUGGCUCAUGCUUGCCUUCUUGAAGGGGGAUUCAGAAUCAAGGUUCAGUGCAUCAAAAAUAAAAAUAAAAGCAAAUUAAAAUCAGGAGCUGGAGGCAACUGGGUAAACAGCAAGUAUCUGUUCAUAAAAGCUAGCCUGCACGCUAACUAAGGUUUUUUUGCACUCUCAGAGGCCUACACUUGCCCUAGUGUACUUCCAGUCACCCUUCUGUCUGCCAGCCCGCAGGAGACCAAAGCCCUGAGUGGAGGACACACCACUCAGCAAAGGAGCCUGCCAAAGGGAGCAGCGUGCUUCGCCGGCACUGGAACGGCCUCAAGGCAGUCCAACAAUGCGCCAGAACUCAAAUUACUGGUUGGUUUAAAAAGCCACCUGCACACAGGCCUGGAAACCACACACUUGGGAGGUUCUUUUAUUGCCCACUGGGAGAGAUUCCUCGUGGAAGUGGCUUUGCCAAAACAAAACUGCCAGUUGACAGGCCUCUUGUUUUUUGGGGGGGUGAGGGCCACCAUUUCUUUCAUACAUGUUUUACUGACACUAGAGAGUAGGGAGGGGUCCACAGGUCAGCAAGAGGAUGCAUUAACAGCAUGCAGUCCCUCAGCUGCUUUGGUAGACCUCGCUGUGUCUGGGGACUAAUAAUCACUAAUGCGUGGAAAAACACCAGCUUUGACCCUACAGCUUGAGAAGAAACAGAAUAGCUCCCCUGCACAAUGUUCGGGGCUACCUGUUUGUAAGCUGUAACCUCCCCUCCGCUCCCAAGCUUUGCCUCCUCCAGUUUCCAUUGACCAACAGACCCUGCCAACUUCUGUGCUGCUCCUUUCGCCAGGGGCGCGGGCCUGCAGCGAUCAAGCCUGCGUAUCGCUUCCUCUGGUGCAAGGAGUUGCAGCUGUUAAGUUCAUUUAUACCAAACCGUAGAGAAUUAAUACGUGGUUAUGUGGGGACAAUUUGCUUGUGAGGACACGGAAGUGCUCCAAGCUCAGAGAGCACAGCCUACUCGUAGGACGACAUUCAACUACGUGCUGAGAACGAGCACAAAACCUACGCGUGAUGCUGGGCCUUCAAGGGUGGAGGUGGGACUUCUGUAAGUGGGUGCAGGGCACCCAUGCACCUGUACACCUACAAGUGACAAUUUCCAUAUCUUGCUACGUAAAGCUUGUUCCAGUCCUAGGUAUGGGUGUGGAGAGAAAGAAACAAGAAUCUAAACAACUGCUAUAGAUUGUAGGAGACCUAUAGCUUUCUUUAAGGCACAGUUCAGACAACCCCUAAAUCAGUUUCCUCCCUACUGCCAAUCUGUGUUUAAAAACAAGCCAAGAACAAACAAAAAAUAGAGCAAUUUUGCUGCUUGGCCCAAAGCAGUCAACUGUGUGUUAUCUUCUGAUUUAUGUGGAAGACCUGGCAAAAGUGCCAUGGAAGCCAGAAGUGAAGGUCAAAACAUGCAACAGAAGACAACUUUGAGCCCAGCACAGAAACGCACGGAGAAGUUUGUUAACACUCAAAUACCAUGCUGAGAGUUUCUCAGCUCUGUGCCUUCACCCCAGAUACAGUUCCAGGGCCAAAGGAGACACGGAGGGUUUCAAAGCCCACUCCGACAUUUAAAAAGGCAAGGCUGUAACCCUUCCAGUGGGCACAGUCAGGGGAUGGGAUUUCUU